AUGGCUUCCAAUACUCCCGCACAGGCUAUUCCUGCGCAAACUCUCGACAACUAUACCUUCCCAACAAAUCGUCUAAGACUCACUCAAAAUGAUCCUGAGAGGACUCCUCUGGUAUUGGUAGCCUGUGGAAGUUUUUCGCCUAUAACCUACCUUCACUUGCGAAUGAUGGAGAUGGCCGCCGAUUACUGCAAGUUUAACACGGAAUUUGAACUUCUCGCAGGAUAUUUCUCACCGGUAUCGAAUUUUUAUAAAAAAGCAGGUCUGGCGAGUUCGGAACACCGAAUAAACAUGUGCGAGUUGGCGGUACAGUCUUCAAACUGGCUUAUGGUGGAUCCAUGGGAAGCCUUACAAACGGAAUAUACGCCGACUGCCCUCGUUCUUGACCAUGUCGAGCAUGAGAUAAACAAAGUUCUGGGCGGUGCUAUACGACCAGAUGGAUCUCGGGUACCUGUUCGCAUUGCCUUACUUGCCGGAGCUGAUCUUAUCGAAACAAUGAGUAUACCGGGAGUUUGGAGUGAGGAGGAUCUUCAACAUAUCUUGGGACAAUACGGCACUUUCAUCGUCGAACGUACUGGCACGGAUAUUGAGGAUGCACUUGCAAGUCUUGAACAAUAUAAGCGCAACAUUUACGUCAUUCAGCAACUGGUCACAAACGACAUCAGUAGUACAAAAAUUAGACUUUUCUUAAGGAAAGAGAUGAGCGUGCAAUAUUUGUUACCCGCUCCAGUUAUUGAGUACAUUGAGGAGCACCAUCUUUAUGAGGAGGAUGGUGCAUCAUCCGUCAAUGCAGGCAAAUCCAAGGCGGCAGAAGGUUCAGGCCGGGGAUCACCUGCGGUGGGAGAUUCAAAGCUCAAGAAUUAA